CUGAGCUACUUGUGUACCUGCAUUUGAAAGUGUUUGUUUAUCAAUUGAAUUGAAAUUAUUCAGAAAAAAAGACAAUGAAUCGAAAUCUUGGAAUUUUGGCCAAAUAUUUUGGCAAUUCAUUGAUAAGAAAUCAAAAAUGUUUCAUUUCAAAUCGAAAUUAUUUGCCAAGUUUGAUGAAAGCUCAACAAAUCAGCUAUGCAAAUAUUCAUGAUUUAACAAAACGAAAAUUCUCAUCAUCAUCAUCAUCAUCAUCGCAUCAAGAUCAGAUUGAAAAAGAUUUUCAAACAGCUAUUGCUAAUUUUCCAAAAAUUAUCAACGCUGAUAAUGAUACAAAAUUACGACUAAUUGCUCUCUGUAAACAAGGUAGUAUUGGACCUUGUACCGGUGAUAAACCAUCAAUGUUUAGUGCAAGUGAAAAAGCUACAUAUCAAGCAUGGAAAUCGUUAGGUGAAAUGUCACAAGAUGAUGCAAAAAAAGAAUACAUUGAAGUUGUUAAUAAAUUAUUGAAUGAAAAUCCGGAUAAAUCGACAAAACAAAAAGAACCUGAACUUGUAUUCGAAGAACGUGAUCAAGUUUAUUGGAUUAAAUUAAAUCGCCCCAAACAAUAUAAUGCUCUUACACCGGAAAUGUAUCGAGGACUGAUUGAUGCUUUGAAACGAUCGGCUGAAGAUCCUGGUAUUAAAUUUACGGUCAUCACUGGUAAUGGUCCAUAUUUUUCCAGUGGUAAUGAUUUAAAUAAUUUUCCACGAGCCAUUGAAGAAUUUGAUGGUGAUAUACCGAAAGCAAUGGAUGUAUCACGUGCCCUUUGUCAAGAAUUUGUAUCGGCUUUUAUUGAUUUUCCUAAAAUGUUAAUUGGUGCCAUUAAUGGACCUUGUUUUGGAAUCAUGUUCACAACGUUGGGCCUAUAUGAUUGUGUCAUCGCUACGGAAAAAGUUUUUUUCACCUGUCCUUUUUCAUCGUUGGGACAAUCACCUGAAGGUUGUUCGACACAUACAUUUCCACAAAUAUUUGGCCCAUCAUUAGCAUCGGAAUUAUUGUAUUUUAAUUAUCGAAUGCCAGCUGAAGAAGCUCAUCGUUUAGGAUUAGUAUCACGGAUCGUUCCAUCUGAUAAACUACAAAAUCAUCUUGAAGAAUGGCUAUAUAGUGAAAAAGGACUGGUGAAAACAUGUUAUCCAAAUUCAAUGUUCAAUGCAAAAGGCAUUGUACGUAAUGAAGAAACCCGAUUAAAGUUACAUGAAAUCAACAAAGUUGAAUGUGAUUUUCUACAACAAAGUUGGGCAUCUGAAGAAUGUGCUGAUGCAUUACAAAAAUUUUAUUCACGAAAAUGAAUUGUGUGUGUGAAUUUUUUGAUUUUUCAUCAACAAACAAACAAAUGCAGAUUACAAAUACAAUCAGCUGAUUUAAGAAUUAAUAAUAAAAAAAAAUCUAUUUAAACACAAA